AACUGUCAAGUGAGUGAACAGGAUGGGGACGGCUUGAGAGCAGCAAAAACACGUAAAAAAUGUAACGAGAAGUUGUAAAACAACUUUAAAAGUUAUCCCUGCCAUGUUCGGAGUUUAUCACAGCACAUGUUAGUACCCUACAGAGAAGCAGCAGCCUUGGGCAGUGCGUGUUUCCCCCCUGCGAUAAGAGUAAGCGGCCAGUUUCGGAGGAUGUCAGCGCCCAGUAACUCCCUCCAGCAGCCGAGGGUGAGGCGCAGCAAUGCGGGCUCCCCGGGCUCGUUCACCCAGAGCGGCAGCAGCUGCAGCCGCUUGCACCCCAUCCGCGCCACCGUGCCUUACCAGCUCCUGCGUGGGGGUCCGAGCAGCCCCACACGGCCGCAAACCCUGCACGGAGGAGCAGCAACCAGCCGGGUCUCGAGCAGCAGUCCCCCCUCCAGUCCUCCGCUCACUGCAGGAAGUACAAAGCAAAGAGUGUCACCCGAAAAUAAGGAGGCUUCUUGUCCCCCAGACUCUCCAGGGUCAAAAGCGGAAAGAUCCAAACUGCAGGUGCGGAGCUCCAGUGCCAUUCGGAGAGCGUCUUCCUUGGACGCCAUCACCGGACCUUACCUCACUGGCCAGUGGCCUCGGGACUCCGGCCACGCGCCGUACCCUUCCUGUAUGAAAGACAAAGCCACGCAGACUCCAGGUCUCUGGAUCGACGAAGCUGCUGAACUGGGAAGUCCUCACCAGCGAUCAGCGUCGUGGGGGAGCGCAGACCAUCUGAAAGAGCAGAUCGCUAAGCUGCGCCUGCAGCUGCAGCGCAGCAAACAGGUGACCAGGCAGAGCAAAGACAGGGAGCAGAGCUCUCUGCAGCUGCAGCAGCUGCCGCCGCCGCAGCAGCACAGCGCCGCGUGCCAAUCACAGUACAAGGGAACUUCUUCAACUUUAACGUCAAACCCGAUGCCCAAGUCGCUGAUCUGCAGAGUGCCGAGCAGCGUGGAGGGAAUCAACCAUGAGCUGGAAAACGUUUUCAUACGAGACGACUGGGAGCACGGCCUGCAGGCCAUGGAGGCGGUGGACGGCCGCCGCCCGCCCUUCCCUCCGAACCGCUACAGCAGCAGCGGCGGUGACACGCGGGACACCGACACGCAGGCCCCGUCCAGCGGCGAGUCGAGCCCGUCGCCCCGACCCAGCAGCUCCGACCACCUUCACUCCCACGACGGAAGUCCCUGUUCUGCUGAGGAGAUCGAUAAAGACAGCGGGUGCAGCUCUCCUCUUCCCAAGUUCGCCACUUCGCCCAAACCAAACAACAGCUACAUGUUCAAACGGGAACCUCCAGAGGGAUGCGAGAGGGUCAAAGUGUUUGAUGAGCUGGUAUCUGGCAAAUCAAAAGGCUUCCCUCUGUUCUCGUGUCCUGACAAAAACAAGGUGAACUUCAUCCCCAGAGGCUCGGCCUUCUGCCCCGUCAAGCUCCUCUGCUCCUCCCUGUUCUCCCCCAUCAGCCCCAGCUUUCAUGCCAGCAGCAGCCUCACAACUCAGCCCGCAGCGCCGCCAGCUACGUUUUCGUCCUCCGCAGACCUGAGCGGCGGCGGCGGCCUGAGUGCUGAGUCAGGAGACGGCUCGGCACAUGUAGUCCUCACCAGCUGGUCCUCAGGUAUUCAUGACCAAACCACCUACAAAUAAAACAUUGCAUCUAGGCUGGUGGUUUGGCUUAAAAACAAAAAGGAAAAAAAAAAUGACAACAAAAAAAUUGCACUCUGAUAAUCCUAACAUUAGCCAGCAGGGGGCGCCCUCGGCCUGAAAAUGGAUUCCUGUUUGAGGAUGAUACUUGAUGUUUGGGCAUUGUUGCUGACCGCUCUCCUCCCAUCACUAACCUAACCCACCAUGGUCACAUAUAGCAGGAAAUCCUUUGCUUAUUCUGCAAUAAAUAGAGCUAAAUAAUUAAAUUAUAUGUAGCCUUGGCAGUCUUAUCAAGAUAAAAACAAAUAAAAAUUAAAAAAAGAAAAAAAUCCAGAAUUGUAACCAUGCAAUAUCAGCAGAAAAUGCAUUGUGUUCAUGUUAUUAUCCAGCUGUUCAGUGUUGAAGCUAAAACACAAAUGGGAUUUCUUAUAAUUUAACCCAUUUUGGCUCUAAAGGGCACAAGACAUUUUUAUUGUUAUUAUUUCUGACAUGUAUGUUUGAAUGUACUUGUUGCGUUUUGUUGAUGAGAAGCAGCAGUACUCGUUGAGUGCAGGUUUGUUUUUCUUUAAGGCCAGGCCUAAACCAUGGCAACAGGACGAGCUGAGCACAAAAUGCAAAAAUGCGAGCUGUUGAAUCAGUGACCAAGAAACCACAAAACACACGACCUUCCUAUCGCCUUCGUAUUGGCCCCAGAGACUGUUGGCAGUAACUCAGGUCGUUUAGCAGCGAACGGUGCUGAUUGGGGGCCGUCCUGCCAUUCCUCAGAGCUUAUAGUCAUUUUUGUUUUCCGUUCCCAGGAAGCGUAGGUUUGAAUCAGACCCAAUAUUUUAGGUUUUGACAUUAAAACCAGUUCCAGGUGCCCACGACACAUUCCACAACGAGCCGCACGACUUACUUUAAUUCCCAAGCCGUUUUGAUUUGUCUGGAGCAUUUUGCAGCUACGUAACAAUUAUAUUAAACACGAACCAAAGCAAACUACAAAACGGCACAGAGCCCGUCGUAUCCGGGAUAUCAGGGCGACUUUUGUGCCAGAAUGUUUGUGUGUUUUUCAUUUUUGUAAAGUGAUUCAGUGUCAUGAGGCUCUGGGUCAUUUUGCCCCUUUCAGGACUGGAAUCCUCACUUUAUGCCUGCAAAUAAACUGUUGCUUUAAAAUGAAAAUAAAUCUCAGUUAUAACAAGAUUUUCUUUGAAAAUCUUUGCUAUAUUUUGCCAUGUUUAAUAAAUUAAAAAAGGCUGAUUUUGGUACAUUAAAAUUGGCUUUCCCGUUAAAAAAAGUGCUUGAAUAAAUGUGAUUUUCUAUUGUAAGAAAAUUACAUCAGCAAUAAUUUUAUGUUGAUUUAAAAUGAAAUGUCUCCAUCGGGUCAAACUUGGACUGAUUUUGCUGCACAAAAUCAGUCUAAGGGCCACAAAUGGCCCCCGCCCCGCACUUUGGACACCCCUGGUUUAGAUGGAUAUUGUCAUUUCUGCUCCUGUUCAUGGAUAGUAUUAAUUUCUAUCCAUAAAAUGGCUGCAAUCAGAAUGAUUUGUAGUAGUUGAGCACAUAAUCGUGUUCUAGCUGCUUUUAGGUUAAUCUGGAAACUUCGUCAUGUCAAACUCUAGAAAAUCUAGUUUUCUGACUCUAAAACAUUCCUGAGGCCAAAGCUGCACAUGUGGUGCAUCAGACAGAAUUUAAAAUGCAUAGAAAAGAAAAACAAAUGUUGCUAAAUAUUGCUAAAAAAAAUUCUUGAAGAAAAGAAUGAAUUCCUGUUCUAGACGGCUUCAAUCAAAGAGGUGCAUUUUAAAAUUCUUUACCUGCUUUAUUAUUUCAUCUAAACACUGAUUGUGAUUUAUUUGUAGCAUUCUUUCAUUUUGGUUUUGUGGCUUUAAAUAAAUCCUGUUUGGGUCAAAAUUGGCAGAUUUGACCUUGACUGACCUUCUGAGAGUUUAUGAAGUUUAUUAGAGUUUUCCUAAUAAUAAUAAUAAUAAUAAUUUAGUACUUUUCCUUAUAUUAGGCUAUCAGGGGAUUAUUAAAAUAAAAAUAAGAAUAAAAAAGGGGCAAAAACGACCAGUGCUCAACAUAAAACCAUUGCUGCAUAAUUUGGGAAACAUACAAACUUUUUUUUUUUGCUUAAGCACUUAAUUGGAAAGGAAACGAUAAUCACUGUUCUGUGCUGUAUUCAAGUUUGUUACUUAAAACAAUCAGAAGAAUGUGCAAUUGAUUUUUAUUUAGCAGAAAAACGACACUAGUUUGUUUUAUAGUUUGGGCUCCAUAAAGCAAAGCGCCCGUUUCACGUCUGCUGAGUUCCCAGCACGUUUUAGAGACAUUAAAGCAGAAAUGUCUCUAAAUGUUCAUAUGCUGACGACUCCCUGUUGAGAUUUGUCUAGAUAGCGACCGAUUCCUCAAAAAUAAAAUCCUUUCUGCAACUUCAAAAUCUUGGACCGUAUCCAUUCAGUGUGCCGAACGUUUAAAGAAGUAAGUUGCCAGUGUUGGCGAUGAUGAAUUGAUUCUCCUGUGUUUUACAUGUUUUUGUGUAGAUCUUGUUUUUUUCAAUAAAGGAAACAGAAAAUCC